AUGACCCAAAGAAAUGGUACCACAGUGACUGAAUUCAUUCUGCUAGGGUUUUUGGUUCAGCAAGAGGUACAGUACGCUCUUUUCCUUGGGUUCCUCAUCAUCUACUUAACAUCUGUAAUAGGCAAUGCUGGCAUGAUCCUACUCAUCAACAUCGAUUCCCGCCUUCACACCCCAAUGUACUUUUUCCUUCAACAUUUGUCCUUCGUUGACCUGUGCUAUACCUCUGCUAUCACUCCCAAAAUGCUACUAAACUUCCUGGUAUCUGACAAAUCAAUCUCAUUCUCAGGAUGUGUGUUACAAUUGGAGGUUUAUGGAACAUUUGCCGUCACCGAAUGUUAUCUUCUCGCUGCCAUGGCCAUAGAUCGAUAUGUGGCCAUCUGUAAACCUCUACGUUAUCCAGUGAUCAUGUCCCGAAGAAUCUGCUUCCAGCUGGUGGCUGGAUCCUAUUUCAUGGGUUCUGUGACUGCCUCCAGUCAGAUUGCCUUUCUCUUUUCCCUUUCCUUCUGUAACUUCAAUGUAAUCAAUCACUUUUUCUGUGAUGCUCCACCACUCCUUGCCCUUUCCUGUUCCACAGUUGAUGUGAAUAUCAUGAUGCUAAUUAUCAUUUCAGGGCUCACGGUAUCAACCAUUAUGAUUGUUGUCUUCUUCUCUUAUAUGAACAUCCUGUCUGCCAUCUUGAAAAUGAACUCUGCCACAGGGAGAUACAAGGCUUUCUCUACUUGUGCUUCCCACUUGACAGCUGUCACCAUUUUAUAUGGGACUCUUCUUUACAUGUAUUUGCAGCCUUCUUCCAGUGAGUCUCAGGAGAACAAUAAAAUAGCCUCUGUAUUUUAUGGGGUCAUCAUCCCCUUGCUGAACCCUCUAAUCUACAGCUUAAGAAAUAAGGCUGUCAAAGAGGCAGCAAAACUUCUGGGGAAAUGUUGUUCAUGA